AACACAUUCAGUUCCCAGUCUGCCUCCAGCAUAGAGAGUGAACUAAUACAGCAAAACUAACUACACUAACCAUAAGACAACACAAGAAAUGAGGAGUAGCCUAGCACGACUUGAAAUUUGUAUACAUCCAAAGCCUAAAUAAAGCAGGAAUUUAAAAGAAAAAAAUCUCCAUCAAAUUGGAUAAAAGAACAAGCUGUGUACAUUGUGUAAGAUAAAGAGGAGGAGAGAACUGCAGGACUUCACGCCAGCUGAUCAGGAUGAGCUUAAUUGGCACACUGGAGAAAGGGGCCCAUCACCAGGCUCUCGACCUCUCAGAGGAGCUCCCAACCAAUAGUCAUCAUCAUCAGCACUCCACCCUCCAGCACACACACUCUCUGUCCUCCACCUUGCCAGCUGGCACCCCAGUAGGUGGAUCUGGGGUGGUUGUUCCACCACCGUACUCUGCCGCGGAGGCAGGAGGUGAAGCUCCACUGGAGCUGCGAGGCUCUCUGGACUGCUGGGCAUGUUCGGUGUUAGUGACGGCACAGAACCUGGUGAUCGCGGUCAUCAACGCCUGCCUGGCUGGUUUGGUUUUUGGGCUGAUCCUCACGCCUGCUAUUGUCAUGGUGGUGUUUGGCUUUCUCUGUCAUUCAGCGGUGCAUCCACACGGGACGUCCCCAUACUGUUCAGACCUGCUGACUGAUGGUGGUUGUGUAGCUUUACUGGUUGUUGGUUUCUUGCUGAUGACUCCACUCCUGGUUCUGGCUUUGGCUGCAUACUGCCGGCUCGCUCGUCACCUUCAGCUGGGUCUGUGCUUCAUUCCGUACAGCCGUGCCGUCUACAAGAACCUCCCGGCGACCCAGCACCGUGGUCUGGGAGGGAGAUGCUGCGGACAGACAGCUGAGAAAGGAGGAGGGAAGGGAAAGGUGUGGGUGUAAAAUGAUUACAUGUAUGUGUAAAAUUAGGUUACACAUUGCAGACCUUAAGCUAUCCAACUAAAUAUUUUAAUAUAGAAUGAUUCAGGGCAUCUUGCUCAUUCAAUUACAUUAUGUUUUAUAGUCAGUUUAAUCACUUAAUAAUAAAAUUGACUUAAUACACAUA